UGCUUUUCGUUUAUCAUCAGACUGCUGAUGAAGUUUUCGAUUUUCGUAUUUUCUCAAUAUUUUUUGAAUUUUGAUAGUGAAUCUAGUUAUUAAAUAAACUCUGCAAGCAUCGCAUAACAUUUCUCGGAAUGGAUUUCCAGAAUCGCGCCGGUGGAAAAACCGGAGGAGGCGGUGUCGCCUCCUGGUCGGAGAGCAAUCGAGACCGGCGAGAACGCCUCCGGCAGUUGGCGUUGGAAACAAUCGAUCUGAACAAGGAUCCAUAUUUUAUGAAAAAUCAUCUCGGUUCCUACGAAUGCAAACUGUGUCUGACUCUGCACAACAAUGAAGGAAGCUACCUGGCCCAUACUCAGGGUAAGAAGCAUCAAGCAAAUCUGGCCCGCCGUGCGGCCAAGGAAGCAAAAGAGGCUCCCUCGAGCAUGCAACCGGAGAAGCCUCGCGUAGAACCGAAAAAGUUUGUUAAAAUCGGUCGCCCUGGCUAUCGAGUAACGAAACAACGCGAACCGGACAGUCACCAGCAGUCGCUGCUGUUCCAAAUCGAUUACCCGGAAAUCACCGACGGUAUUAUCCCCCGUCACCGCUUUAUGUCUGCGUACGAGCAAAAGAUCGAACCACCGGAUCGUAAGUGGCAGUAUCUGCUGUUUGCAGCCGAACCGUACGAGACCAUUGCAUUCAAGGUACCCUCGCGGGAGGUCGAAAAGACGGACGGAAAAUUUUGGACUCACUGGAACAAGGAUACGAAACAAUUUUUCCUGCAGUUUUCCUUCAAGCUAGAGCCGAAGAUAAUUCCACCACCGCCACCGAAUAUGCGCAUUCCGCUUCCAGGUAGACCGAUUUUCCGGUUGGACACGGCACCCACCUGGGAUUGAGAGUGUGAGGUGAUGCAAGUAAAAUUUAUGAGAUAAACAUUUUUUCGAUUUUUCUUCAAA